UCAUCCACCAACAUCAACCAACAUCAACCAACUUCCACCAACCUCCAACAACUUCAUCCAACUUCAUCCAACUUCAUCCACCAACUACGAGACUAAGAUUAUAUACAACCGCCAACUCAAACACUCAAACGCCCAAACUGUCUUCCCUGCCUGUCCUGUACUUGAUUAGUACAAGAAAGGGUGCACGCGGUUUUAUCCUCGUCCCAAGCCCGUCUCCCCUCUCUCCCGAAACAUCUACACGCCAGACAAAAUCUCGCAUGCGCCUCACACAUCUCCCCAUCUCCCCCUUUGUUAUCAUCACCAAAAACAUCACGGCUUCACGCAUACCCAACUUCUAGUACUGUAUUGAUUGCACGGCCUAUACUCCGCCUACCCUCUGUCCCGCCCCAAAUCUGGCAUCACCCUGUCGCGCGAAUUCAAGAGAAAUACCACCAGGCUUACAUCCGUUUGACAACCCAAUAUUCGAAUCUCUCGUCGCCGUCCCAAAAUAUAGCCGUCUAUGCACCAACAGCGACCUACCUUUCUCACCGCGAGACCCUUGGUCGCCAUAUCUGUUUGAACCGCUUCCCGAAUUAUAUCCAUAGUCUCCCGGCAACCACCUACGGCCGUGCUUGACCGGACGAACCCCUGAUCCAAGCGCGGGAUUGCCUCACCGAGGCCUCUCUAUAAAUCCCCGCCUGAAGUAUAAAAGGUUGAGCCCACACGAUGUCGAACAUAAACCAGAACCAGAAUCCAGGCGCGAAUGGUGGCGCGAGCAUGGAUAUCACCAACAUCCUCAACACCAAAGGAGGUGCUGCGGCUGCUGCUGCGGCCGCAGGAGCUUCACCAUCCGACCACACAUUCCAUCAACAAUUAAUGCAUGCUUCAGGCGGCCAAGCAAACUCGGAGACGGCCUCUGAACGCGGCGGAUCUCCCCAUGGAUCAGAACAUUCGUCUCGGUAUUCAGGGCCCCCGUCCAUGGGACACAUGAAUGGCAUGGGCAACGGCAUGCGAUAUCCAUCCCCGACAGCGAUGCAAAGCCCAUUACCGAUGCAAGCAGGAUUCCGCAAUGAUGGCUUUGAUGGCAGCGCGCCUCAACACCAAGAAAUCCCGCGAUCAACAGGAAGACUACCGCCCGGACAUGGUGUAACGCAACAAAAGGCUUUCCCGUGUACUGUAUGCCAAAAAGGCUUUGCUCGUAGAAGUGAUCUUGCUCGUCAUGAGCGAAUUCACAGCGGGAUAAGGCCUCACGUCUGCGACUAUCCGAAUUGCGGCAAACAGUUCAUCCAGCGAUCUGCGCUCACGGUGCAUGCGAGAGUUCAUACUGGCGAGAAGCCUCACAUGUGUGAGAGAUGUGGAAAGCGUUUCAGCGAUUCCAGUUCGUUAGCCAGGCACCGAAGGAUACACUCCGGCAAGAGGCCAUACAAAUGCCCCUACGCAGACUGCCAAAAGACGUUCACGAGACGCACGACUCUCACACGCCAUCAGAACCACCAUACUGGCACAGUUGAGGAAGCAGCUGCAGCUACAGCAGCCGCACUGGCCUCCCGCGCUGGCAGCAACCGAUCAGGGCGUGGUCCGCGCUCUGACGGUGAGCAGUAUUCCGCUACUGGAUCGCCGAUGUCUACCCCAUCGCCUGGUCAACGUACCCACUCGAUGUCUCCCAAUGCCGAGCUUGCCCCCAUGAAUGGCAUGCAGCGCCACAUGGGUGACUAUCCCUAUAUGAACAACAGCUCAUUACCUGUGCACCUCCGCAAUGACUAUGCUCAGCACGUUCCCAUGCAGAACGCACCACUACCCCAAAAGCAAUCCCAGUAUCCAAAUAACCAACGACCCACAUCCCACCCCACUGGCUACGGACCUCCACAGAUCUUGGAGCCUCCAGCGAACCCUCAGUCUGCCGGAAGUGCGAGCGGCGGAAGCCCGCAUAUGAGUAAUGCAGGAUGGCAUUCACCCAGCAACAUGCCCAGCCCGACCAGCCAGAGCAAUGGGUAUGUGUACCCAGACCCAGACCCCUAUGGAAGCGGGGGCAUGGGCCACAUGUACUAUCCGAAUUCGAAUAUCCGUCGCCCGCAAAGCACGGAGCCUGAUAGCUACGAGACCAAGCCGCGGUUGAACGAGCUCUGGACUGCAGCACAGUAAUAAGGCGGCGAUGUGGAGAGCGAGGAGUCUAAUUUAUCAAGGCGUCGGGCUGCGCAUCUUUAAUGUGGGGAGAAAGGAACUGUUUGAUUGAGGAUGGGUGUAAAUUGGACAAAAGGCCAUAAAGGACGUGCCUUUGCGAGCGGUUUGUUUUACUGUACUGUACGACUGAUAUCCUACUCAUAGCUGAUCAGCAUAUGCGUUAUAUGAAUUUCUUGUGUUUUAACUAGAUACUUGGUCGCUUAUAGAACAUGCUUUUGUUUCUUUUUGUUUAUUAUAUCAUCACGAACUUGCUUAUUUAGUUGCCUAGAAGAGGCAAUGCAAACGUCAACU